CCUGCCUCCUGGAAACGUCCCCAAAUCACCUCCAAGUGAAUCAGAGCCUCCAGUCAGGCCUAACCAUGAGCACGUCUGAGUCCGCAGUCAGGGCCACCAGGGUGGGCCCCAAAGUUUCCUAAAAUCUAUUCUUCCAGGUAACACUCUAAGGCCGAUGUGCAUCCGCUGCGAAAGCAAAGGGGGGCCGUGCAGGCACCUAGGGACGGGUCCUGGGAGGGGAGAAGAAUGUGUGCGGCAGGCGGAGGGUGCCACUCCCUCGCGGUCGUGGGGUCCUUCCCAGAGCACACAGGCAGGCGGCGAGUGGGGACCCCAGAGGAAGGGGCCUACCCAGUUCCCGGGGGAACCCUCGGGUACACAGGGUUCCAGACCAAAUGGCGAGGGGGCGGGGUUCUUGCCGGAGCUGGCAAUAGGUUCGCGUGGGACCGAGGCUGUGUGUCUUAUUGGGGUGUGGGGAGAGGUGGGAUACUAGCCCAGAGCAAAUGGGUGUGGGGACGUUUGUGCACAAGAUAGCGCCCCAGCCGCGGAGCCGAAAGGGAGAGGUGUGUGCGCACUUGGCAGGAUUCCAGCCCAGAGCAGGCAGGACCAUGGGCUCUGGUCAAGGGUGAAGUGUUGUCCACAUGACUCCUAGAGUGCCCCCACCCCUUGGGCAACUUUCAGGGCUGCGUCUGUGCCCUCCCUCCCCCUUCCUCCGGAGGUCCCUCUGCCUGUUCCAGCCGUGGCUUGUACAUAUUUUCCGAUUUCCUGUUAACCUCCGCCCAGCAGCGGCAGCUGGGUGACUCAGGACCCCGGUGCCGGGCCCCCAGCUCCGUGGGAUCUUUGUUUGCUCAGGCCUUUGGCUCUGGCCCUCUGGCCUAGGGCCCUCAAAGGAUUUCCUGAGCCCCGCCCCUGCCCUCUGACAGACGGGCCAGAGGGCCAGCGGAGGCCUGGGGUGGGGGUCCCCAAGGUUCCACUGGGCUCGGGAGAUGGAGAGCCGAGAGCCUGGGGCGGGCCAGUGGCCCCCAGGGGAUGAGAAAGAGGCGAUCCGCCGGGCCAUCCAGAAGGAGCUGAAAAUCAAGGAGGGUGUGGAGAACCUGCGGCGGGUAGCCACCGACCGCCGCCACCUGGGCCACGUGCAGCAGCUGCUGCGGUCCUCCAACCGCCGCCUGGAGCAGCUGCACGGGGAGCUGCGGGAGCUGCAUGCCCGCAUCCUGCUGCCUGGCCCCGGGCCUGGCCCGGCUGAACCUGCGGCCUCAGGACCUCGUCCGCUGGCAGAGCAGCCAAGGGCCCGACACCUGGAGGCUCUACAGAGGCAGCUGCAGGUAGAGCUGAAGGUCAAGCAGGGAGCCGAGAAUAUGACCCACACGUAUGCCAGUGGCACUCCCAAGGAGAGGAAGCUUCUGGCAGCCGCCCAGCAGAUGCUACAGGACAGCCAGCUGAAGGUGGCCCUGCUACGAAUGAAGAUCAGCAGCCUGGAGGCCAGCGGGUCCCCUGAGCCAGGACCGGAGCUGCUGGUGGAGGAGCUGCGGCACCGGCUACGCAUCGAGGCUGCCGUGGCCGAGGGCGCCAAGAACGUGGUGAAGCUGCUCGGUAGCCGGCGAACGCAGGACCGCAAGGUGCUAGCCGAGGCUCAGGCCCAGCUCCAGGAGUCCUCCCAGAAACUGGACCUCCUGCGGCUGGCCUUGGAGCAGCUGCUGGAGGGACUGCCUCCUGCACACCCUCUGCGUGGCAGAGUGGCCCGGGAGCUGCGGACUGCUGUGUCUGGGAACCCCCAGCCUUCAGGGACACUCGUGAAGCCCACCGCCAUGACAGGGACGCUGCAGGUCCACCUCCUGGGCUGUGAGCAGCUGCUGACAGCUGUGCCUGGACGUUCCCCCGUGGCUGCACUGGCCGGGACCCCCUCCCAGGGCUGGCUUUGGAGCAGGGCCAAGCAGCAGCGUGGUGGAAGCGAGCUGGCCAGUGAGGUGUUGGCCGUGCUGAAGGUGGACAAUCGCAUUGUGGGCCAGACGGCCUGGGGGCCUGUGACCAAGCAGUCCUGGGACCAGACCUUUGUCGUCCCCCUGGAGCGGGCCCGAGAGCUGGAGAUUGGGGUGCACUGGCGGGACUGGCGGCAGCUGUGUGGCGUGGCCUUCCUGAGGCUGGAGGACUUCCUGGACAAUGCCUGUCACCAGCUCUCCCUCAGCCUGGUGCCGCAGGGGCUGCUCUUUGUCCAGGUGACCUUCUGUGACCCUGUCAUUGAGAGAAGGCCCCGGCUGCAGAGGCAGAAGCGCAUUUUCUCAAAACGCAGAGCUCUCCAAGCACCAUCAGCCCCCCGAAAGGGUGCUCCCAGACCCCAGCCACACCCCGGGGGGCCGCCGACCCUGCCUCGCCCAGUAAUUUCCCGCCCAAGAAGACCCCCUUGCGAGAAGAGAUCCAAUCCCCACCCAAGCCACCGCGCCUCUACCUGCCCCAGGAGCCGACCCCCGAGGAGAUGCCGAGCACCAAACGCCCCCACAUGGAGCCCAGGACUCGACUCGAGCCAUCUCUGCCAGCUUCAGCCACCAGGUACCCCUGGCAGGCUCACCUUGGCGUUUGAGAGAGACAUCUGUCCACUCACUUGGGUGUUUGCAUGUCAGGCGUUCUCACAUCGCCCCGAGCUCUUGGCUUGCUCUCAGGUUCUCACUUGCGGAGCCCACGUUACUGAGCUCCACCUGCAUGCCAGACCCCAGGAAAUGGCAGUCCUAGGAGCUCCCACCCGGCCUCUCCAGCCCCUGCCCCUCUUGCCUCACAGGUGGGGACAGCCCAGGACCAGGCGUGGAGGGAGGGUUUGGAGCGGCCCUUGGCGGAGCCCCAGCCCUUGUCCCAGGGGCUUCCUGUACCCUCUCUCUUGCAGGAAACCCCCCCGGCUUCAGGACUUCCGCUGCUUGGCCGUGCUGGGCCGGGGCCACUUCGGGAAGGUCCUCCUGGUCCAGUUCAAGGGGACAGGUCAAUACUAUGCCAUCAAAGCACUGAAGAAGCAAGAGGUGCUGAGCCGGGACGAGAUAGAGAGCCUGUACUGUGAGAAGCGAAUCCUGGAGGCUGUGGGCCGCAUGGGGCACCCCUUCCUACUCUCCCUCCUUGCCUGCUUCCACACCUCCAGCCACGCCUGCUUCGUGACUGAGUUUGUGCCCGGUGGCGACCUCAUGAUGCAGAUCCACGAGGACGUCUUCCCUGAGCCCCAGGCCCGGUUCUAUCUGGCCUGUGUGGUCCUGGGGCUGCAGUUCUUACAUGAGCAGAAGAUCAUUUACAGAGACCUUAAGUUGGAUAAUCUUCUGCUGGAUGCCCAGGGUUUCCUGAAGAUCGCAGACUUUGGGCUCUGUAAGGAAGGGAUCGGCUUUGGGGACCGGACGAGCACCUUCUGUGGCACCCCGGAGUUCCUGGCUCCUGAGGUGCUGACCCAGGAGGCCUAUACGCGGGCUGUGGACUGGUGGGGGCUGGGCGUGCUGCUCUACGAGAUGCUGGUGGGCGAGUGCCCGUUUCCAGGGGACACGGAGGAGGAGGUGUUUGACUGCAUCGUCAAUGCAGAAGCCCCAUACCCGCGCUUUCUGUCGGUGCAAGGGCUUGAGCUCAUUCAGAAGCUCCUCCAGAAGUGCCCCGAGAAGCGCCUGGGGGCAGGGGAGCGGGAUGCUGAGGAGAUCAAGACACAGCCUUUCUUCAGGACCACCGACUGGCAGGCCCUGCUCGCCCGAGCCGUCCGGCCCCCAUUUGUGCCCACCCUCUGCGGCCCCACAGACCUGCGCUACUUCGAGGGCGAGUUCACGGGGCUGCCGCCUGCCCUAACGCCGCCUGACGCCCGCAGCCCCCUCACCGCCCGCCAACAGGCUGCCUUCCGGGACUUCGACUUUGUGUCCCAGCGAUUCCUGGAGCCCUGAGGGCCUCCCGGGCUCUCUACCCCCUGCCCCCCCGACGGUUGGAGCCUCUGCUUGCCCGCCUUUCUGCCCGCCUGGGCGCCCCGGUAUUGAUGAGCCCUUGGGACUCAAGGUGGCGGCCACGGGCUGCUGUCGUGGGCUUUGCUCAGUCACCGGGCAAAGUGCUGCCUCCCCUCCCUUCUCCCGACCACCUCUCCCCUGCCCGUUGCAAGACCUGGACCCGAAAGGGAGGCACAGCGAGGAGCAGUUUGGUUUGUUUUUUUGAAUACUUGACUUGCUUUAUGGAUUAUUAAAUUUAUAAAACUGUG